AUGGACGCAGCGAACAAACGCCGAGUGCCGCCUACUGACGUCGAGAAGAAGCGGAGAAACGACAGUCUGCCUCCACGCCUCAGCCGUCCUGCCAGCCGGCAUGGAGCUCGCUCACCCGCGUCCUCAUCCUCGUGGUUUGGCGCGCCUCUCGUGUACGUCGCGCUCCUCUUCUUUGGCUUUAUGAUUUGCGUGCACGUGUGGCAGUUUUCGAGUCUGGAGAUGCGCCCAGUGCUGUCCACGCCCUUUUACAACAAGACGAUGGUGCGAUUCUCCACUAAAUUUGGCGCUUUUACAGUUGAGCUGUACCCGGAGGACGCGCCCAAGACUGUGGAGGCGUUCAAGACGCUCGUGGCGAGCGGGUAUUACCUGAAUGAUACCGGGUUUUACUACAACGAGCCCAAGUUUGUGCUGCAAGGAGGAGGCUAUCUCUCUGGCAAGAAGUCGCCUAUUGACGACUUGCCAGUGGAGUACAGCGCUCCAAGCACGGAGCGGAUGGUGGUGAUUGCUCGCAGCGUCCGGUCCAACUCGGGCAGCACAGAGUUUGCCAUUAUGCUACAUGACAAUACGGAGAGGAACAAGCCAAACAAGGACGGGCCUGGUUACACGGCAUUUGGACGCGUUGUGGAAGGAUGGCACACGAUUGAGUUUAUAUCCAAGAAAAUGCCGUCGGGGUACAUGAUCCGAGAAGACGUUGGCCGUCAGAUUGGCUUUGACAAGGUCGAGUUUGUCGAGCGUGUUACGAACGACAAUGAACAGGCGAGACUACGGCUUGAGGAGCUGACGUACGUGCUGGAGACCCCUCAUAGCGUGGUGAUUAUUGCAGAGAGGAACUGCCCCGUGAAAAACGAGCUACGAAAGAUGCUCCAUAUGUUUCGAACGACCGUGCGUGUCAAGGAGAUCGGCUGGCUGAGCCACGUUCCAUUCGAGUGGGAGGCGGUGGAGGCGCUGACGGGUCGCACGACGCUGCCGCUAGUGUUUAUCCAGGGGAAGUACAUUGGCGGGCUGCGUGAAGUGCAGAAGCUGGAACAAAUGGGCACGCUCCGUGCAAUGCUGGAGAAGAGUGGUACGCUUGCUGAGGACACCGUGUGGACAGCGAUCAAUCAGAACGCUUUGGUGCUUUUUAGCAAGUCGUACUGUCCGUACUGCAAGAAAACCAAAGAGACGCUGGCGGAGCUUGGCGCGAAGCCUUUGGUGUUCGAGCUGGAUACUCGAGAGGAUGGCCCGGCUAUUCAGGCGUUUCUGUUCCGCUUGACGCGUCAGUCCACCGUGCCGAAUCUGUUUAUCCGGAGCAAGAGCGUUGGAGGAAAUGACAAUGUGCAGGAGUUAAAGCGGUCCGGCGAAUUGCUGGGCCAGCUCGAGGACGCGGGAGUCAUUUUUUAA